AAGACGAAUGCGAGAGGUGGUGUGUGUUGGGCGGGAUGUAUCGACUGUUUUUCUAUCGAAGGACUUGGUUGACGUGUAACUGAAUUCAUCUGCAUCAAGAACAGAGAAAACCACGAUAUUAAGGAGAUUUCUUGCUGGCCUGAUCUUCUCUGGCCAGUUUCUAACUGAGAGUUCCAAGAUGGCAUUGACCACUACAGCCUCGCGCCUUCCACUCCAUGUUAAAGCACGUUGGGAAACGUACCCAAACUCUGAUGUUAAACGUUUCCCAGUACCUGAUGGUAAAGUGCCAUGGUCAAUGAGUUGGCAUGAGUAUGUUCCAGUUGAAUACACUAAUCCUAAAGUUCUUGCUGGACCAGUUUGGGCAGAUCCAGAGAUCAGAGGGCCCAAAGCAGUGAAGAUGAAAUUCAACCGUGUUGAUGGAAAGAUCAAUAGACGGAGUCACAUGAAACCUGAUUAUGAUACACCAAACGGCGUGCCAAGGAAUCCUUGUGGUAGGACAGGAAUCACAGGUAGAGGAGAGCUUGGGAAGUGGGGUCCUAAUCAUGCUGCAGACCCUCUUGUCACAAGAUGGAAACGAGAUGAUAAUGGACAAGAACAAAUUGAUCCUAAAACUAAGAAGAAGAUUUUACAAUUUAUAGCAAUUUGUAGGAAGGACUCUGGAGAAUGGGCUAUACCAGGGGGAAUGGUUGAUGCAGGAGAGACAGUUUCAGUAACUCUAAGGAGAGAGUUUGGUGAAGAAGCUAUGAAUUCGCUGGAUGCUCCUAAGAAAGAUCAGAAGAAAAUAGAGAAAGCUGUCAAGGACUUAUUCAAGCAUGGAAUUGAGGUAUACCGUGGCUACGUCGAUGAUCCACGCAACACAGACAAUUGUUGGAUGGAAACGAUUGCAGUGAACUUCCAUGAUGGUACAGGGAAUAGCGUUGGUAAGUUUGCCCUUCAUGCCGGUGACGACGCUGGAGCAGUACAAUGGACAGACAUCAGCGCGAGUUUAAAACUGUUCGCUAGCCACGAGUCAUUUAUUGAAAAGGUAGCUAUUAGAUUAGAUGCGCACUGGUAAAAAUAGGUCUACCUCUAUGGUUUAUAUAGUGGCCAUAUUGUCUGAUUCCCUUUGUUUUAUAAUGAUAACAGCACUCAUACAUACAACGUGACCAGACUAUUUUUCAAUUCAGUCCCCCCAUAGUGGAAGGCAAUCUAGAUGGCUUCGCCUAUCAGGUUAUUUCAAAAGAAACAGAACUUGGAGAAUGCUUUUUUGUGUAGUCAGUGUAUGCUUUGAGUUCAUUCAUGUGUGUGCUUCCAGUUUAUUUAUUGUAAACUGUAGAUUUCCUAUAAUUGGUUAGUUUUGCCAUACGGGCAUAUCACAUGGUACAUCUAAUGCUACUCUCUGUCCAUAGCUGACAUAGAGGUCUUGCACAGCACACACAAAACAGUUACAGGUCAGCAUUCUCUGUGUUCUAUUUCUAUGAGUAUUUCUCCCUAGUUUGUAAUAGUCAGGCUAAUAUGUGUUAAGCCCCUCCAUUUCUCUCUCUCUCUCAGUCAAUGUGCUCGACUUUGAGGAAAAGUUCCUCAAUUUUAUUUGAAUAGGUUCUUGUAUCAUUGAAAUCUUGCUUUAUGUAAUGAAUUAGAUAUUCCAUAAUGAUAUUAUAAGAUUUAUGUCUAACUACAUGAUGCUGGUAAGCAGGGAAAAGUGCUCAGCAGGGAACCAGUUUCACCGGUUCAACGGUCAGUGUGUCCAUUACAUUUAAGGCUAGAUAUGUCAUCAUGGCAAUCUAGAUACUAGUCAUUAAGGUACUCGUACUGGAGGCAAUCACCUCUAUGCCCCUGGGCAAUGUCUUGGUGCCCCACUGGAGGCAAUCACCUCUAUGCCCCUGGUCA